UCUGGGAAGGGGAGAGACAUUGACACACACACACACACACACACACACACACACACACACACACACACACACACACACACACAGACAGACACACACAGACACUGGAGCAAGGAAGAAUCCUCAAUCAGCCACCCACAGAAUUUAUGAGCAUUGCUGAGAGUAACUGGACUAAGAGGACAGGAGCAAAGAUUUCAAUUUUCACGCAGAUUGGGGGAUUUACAUAAUUUCAGUGCUUAUGAAAAGAGAGACUAUUUGAAACAAAAACCAAACAGCUGAAAAAGUUCCACUCUGAGAUUGUCAUCAUGAAGUUACGUGUGGCACAAUUUUUUGCUGGGCUCUUUGGUGCCUUGGCAACUCUAUUAAUUCUCUUAUCAUUAGGUGAUUAUUGGCUCUUGGCAUCAGAGACCUGCACACCACAUUCAGAUGGACUGAGCACUUUGGAGCAAGGUGAUGUGCUGGUCAACCAUGGCCCAUUAAAGAGUGAAGGCCAUAAUAUUACCUUUUCCCAUGAGGGUUUCAUGUGGCGCUGUACCUUUGAUGACAAAAUGGAGGAGGACAACCUGUGGGAGUUUUGGUUUGAACAGGAAGGUGUGCAUGUAAAGGUAUGCACACCUGCAUAUCUUCUUCCCUUUCCAAUCCCUGACGAGACCUACAACACCACUAGCUAUACAUCUGCCAUAAUCUACAGAGGAUUCUGGAGUGUCUCCAUGUUGAUAGGUGUGGCCACUGUGGUUGUGGGUGGCUUCAUUAUCAUUUGUGCAGCUCCAUUUGCCAGUCAUCGCCUUUAUAAAGCAGGGGGUGCACUCUACCUCAUUUCUGGUUUCUUCCUUCUUGUUGGAUCUGUGAUGUAUGUUAUCUGGCUUGAGAUUUUGGACGUAAUGAGCUUAUAUGUGGAUUAUCAGAAGUCUAAUAGUUGCUCAGACUAUGAGCUCAAUUGGAGUUAUGGCCUCUCUUUCAUGUUUGCUCCUGUGGGCGCGUUCUUCUGUCUACUGACUGGUCUUCUCUUCCUUGUGAUUGGCCGUACAGUCCAACAGAAUUACCAUUGAACCUGAUGUAUUUGACAUUGAAAACAGCGGAAUAAAAUGUUAUCUUCAGAAAACAUGUCUAGCAUUGAAAGAAAACAGGUUUGCCCUCUUUACAGUUCAUGACCUUAAAACUCUGAAGUUGCAUUAGAUUUAUCACAGGCUGGGGUAAAGGUAUAAUAGUUUGAUUUGAAUUUGCCUUUGAAUUCUGCACAUUUUGCUUUACAGUUUUUCCUCCAUUGGUUUGGCUCAUUUCUUGAAACAGAAAUUACAUUCUCAAACCUCUAAGAUCAUUUGGCAAAACAGUCUUACAGUUCAGCACAACACUAUAGCUCACUUGCAAAAGCUCAUAUCUCUCCCAAAACUGUUCACUCAUGCUUCAAAACAAAAUUUCCUUCUCAUUUAAAUAAUCAGUGCCCCCAAAAUGCUUCGUCCCUUUGGCAUUGUGUAAGCACUGCAAGUCAAAAUGUUUAGAUGUUUUGUCACUAUGGCAGAGGACCAUUGAAAUAUCCCUCAUGUCCACCUUUCAGUCUUAGCCCAGUCCUUCAUUGACAAUGGUUACUGUACUUUUUUUUGUCUAGCUAACAGAACACAAUUGUGUAUAAAACUGAAAAAAAGAAAUAGGAUUUUAGGUUAAGAGUAGCCUCCAAAUUUUGACAUCACACAUUGCACUCAUACUGCCAAGGAAAUUGUAACCAUUAUCAUUCACACACAUAAAGUAACUUCCAUACAUCAGAGUAAAAAGAAAAUGUAUACAGCAUAAUAUACUGUAAUAUAAACACACAAACAAAAAACAAUGAAAAUUAUAUGCAGCCUACAGUGCUUGGUCAUCUGAGAUGUGAAACUCCUCCUUCGUUAGUCAAGUUCUAGUUUCACCUGUCUGUCAAUUGCUAUAAUACAUUUAUCAAAUGUUCCAAGGGAUUCAUAUAUGGUAUUAUGUUCUUGACUAAUUUUGACAAUUGAACAGACUAUUGUGCAUGUGAUGACUUAUACAAUGAAAUGACGCUGACACGUUUUGGAGCGAACAACCAUUAGACUGAGACUCAACAAUCAGUUUAGAUCAACAAGAUCUAUUCACUUGGAAAUUGUGCUAAAUGUAGGCUACCUGUACUUAAUCAUUUGCAAAGAUGUAAGAUGUACUGAGACAUUGAGACAUGUACUUAGACAUUUGCAAUUUGAUGAAAUGAAUGAGAAAUUCAAUUCUGUUGUGAACAAUUGCCAAGUGGUUUGGAGGUUUGUCCAUGUUGUGUUGAGAAUGUAAUUUAUGUUUCAAGAAAUGAGCCAAACCAAUGGAGAAAAACUGUAAUAUGUUGCCUUUCUGUGUGCUGUGAGCAGUACUGUAAACAUGGAUCAUGGAUGGUUUGGGAUCACCUCAUGUAUGCGUGAGUUUUUGUGUGAGUGUAGUAUUGCACAAAGCACCAUAAAUAUGUCUAUUAUGAACUGCUGCAUUUAUAUUUUUUAUUAUUUUACAAUGCCUGGUUUGGAAAAACAUAACCAACAUAUGUUAUUUGUAGACUUCAUUGUGCCUGCUGGAACCUUGUUAAUUAUAACAUGUUUAACACUUGCGUUUUAAUAGUUAAUUUAAACUGAUAGUUCACCCCAAAAUUACAAUUAUCUCAUUAUUUACUCACCCUCAUGAUAUCCCAAGUGUGUAUGUCUUUCUUUCUUUAUCGAAACACAUUUGAAGAAAAAUAGAAAAAUAUCUCAGCCCAGUAGGUCCUCUCUUUUGAAGCUCCUAAAAUCACACACAGUCAGAAUAUAUUCAUCCAUAUGAAAGCAGCUUUUAAAUGAAUGUCUUCUAAAGUGACACGGUAAUUUUUGGUGAGAAAAUGUGUUCCGCAACUGCUUUCAGGUCCUUGAAUAACGUAUAACGUGCAAAUAAGGGCAGCCGGUGGAUUUUCUGGUGCCCUACUAGUUUACGUUGGUAACCCCCUAGGGAGUUGAUGCCCUACACAGACUGCGUAGUCUGCUUAUACGGAGUGGCAGUACUACUCACAGGGUUAGGUGCUUAUCUUGGAUGUCUCAACCGAGUGGAGAACAUUAGAUUACUGCUCUGUACUGUUUUUGGGAGUAGCAUACACCCCACAAAAGCGGCAGAUACUCUAGGAGUGGUGAUUACUGCUUUUGGAAAGGUACCUCUGUGUCCAUGGCAACACGAAUACGUCACAAGAGAGACUUCUUGGACUCCACCCUCUCCUGAAGCAUUGGAUUAUGGUAAAAAGUACUUAAAAAUGUAUCUUUUUACUGCACCAAAAGUGAUCAUGUUGCUUUUGAAGAGAGUAAUUUAACAUAUGGUGUUGAAAUUUAUAACGUUUUGCUGGCUGUCUGUAAUUUUUGGAGCUUCAAAAGAGACAUCGCCAUCCACUUGCAUUUUAAGGAUCUACUGGGCUGAGAUAUUUUUCUAUUUUUCUUCAAAUGUGUUCUGAUAAAGAAAGAAAGUCAUACACAUCUGGGAUAUCAUGAGGGUGCGUAAAUGAUGAGAGAAUUUUCAUUUUUGGGUGAACUAUCCCUUUAAUGGCUAUUUAAAGUUUUUUUUUUUUUUUCCUGCAAAUGCUUUAUAUGAUCUACAGUACAUAGUCAGACAUAAAGGGAUAGUUCACCCAAAAAUUCUCUCAUCAUUUACUCACACUAAUGUCCUGCCAGAUGCACAUGACUUUCUUUCUUCUGCUUAACACAGAUGAAGAUAUAUAGUAGAUGAGUACGAAAUAUUUUAAGCUCCAAAUGGACAUACAGGCAGCAUAAAAGUAAUCCAUAUGAUGCCAGUGGUUAAUUAUAUUUCUUAAGAAGUGAUAUUAAUGUGGGUAAAAAACAGAUCAUUAUUUAAGUCCUUUUUUACUACCAUUCUUCACUUUUACUUUCAUUUUCACAUUCUUCUUCUUUUGUAUUUGGCGAUUUGCAUUCUUUGUGCAUAUCGCCCCCUAGUGGGCAGGGAGGAGUAUUUAAAAAGGACUUAAAUAUUGAUCUUUUUCUCUCACACACCUAUCUUAUCACUUCUGAAGACAUGGAUUUAACCACGGGAGUGGUAUUGAUAAUUUUAUGCUGCUUUUAUGUGCAUUUUGGAGCUUCAAAAUUGUGUUACCCAUUCACUUGCAUUGUGAGGAGAUAUUCUACUAAAAAUCUUUGUCUGUGUUCAGCAGAAGAAUGUCCUACACAUCUGGGAUGAGAGAAGGGUGAGAAAAUGAUGAGAGACUUUUUGGGUGAACUAUCCCUUUAAGCAUUGUAGCUUGAAAUACCCAGCUAACCUGAAACAUUUACAUUUUGUUUGCACAGUUUAUUCAAACAGCACCACAUUUUGGGAGAAUCUCACGAAACAUGUCUUAAACAGGGUCAUAUUCCACCCCCAAAAUCAAAAGAAAUAAAUAUAAAAUAUACUUUGCUCAAAGACAAUGAAGCAUAUUUUAAGGACCCUUUUUUGCACUGUGAAAUAAAUAAUGCUUAAAUAUUAUUUCAAUUGUAAAGUAUAUAUACAUCAUGGUAGUAUGUGUUUUAAUGUAUGCUCAUUUAACUAAAAAGUAAUUAUAUUACAGCAUAUUUAUUUUACCUUAAAGCAGUAAAGAAAAUAAAUAAAUAUAUACUGUGUGUGUGUGUGUGUGUGUGUGUAUAUAUAUAUAUAUAUACAUAUAUAUAUAUAUAUAUAUAUAUGCACACACAGUGAAAACAAAAAAACCUGUGUCUUUAGUAUCAUAAAAAUAAAGUCACAAUGCUUAUGAAAAAUUAAAUAUCUUAAUGCAAAAUAACACUUUCGAUUUUUCUUCAUUUGAUUAUGGUGUAAUGUGGCCCAGACAUGUUUUUGUGAGAUUCACCCUUUGUAAAUAAUAUCUAAUAUCGCUACUGUGUAAAACUGAUUUGUUAUUUCAAAGAUUUAAUAA